CGCAGGGGGAAGCUUCUGAGGCGCUGACAUGGGGGGAAGGAGGCGGCAGCUCGGUGUGUGGGGAGGGAGGGCUGAGCAGGAGGAGGAGGGCCACACACACAGGGAGGAAGCGCCUCCCUUCCAGGAACAAGCUGCAGCACCUGCCGCUAGGAGAGGAGGGAGAGGAGGGCUCAAUCGUACGCUGGGACCCCUGGGGCAGCUCUCGAAGAAGUUCAGCUCAACCGGCCCAUCAUGGCGCGGACACCCCUCUGCCCUGCAGUCUCGCGCUUCCUGUAGACUUGGCAGCCUGCUGCUGGCUAUGUCCCAAGCACAACAUGAACCCCAACAGAAUGGCGGCCUCCACAGCCCAGUUACGUCCUGGUCUAACAUGAAUAAAGACGUUCCAACCAACAUUAGAAACUUAGGGUUCAUUGAAGUCCAGGACAUUAGCAUCGAGAGUGAAAUUCCUGCCCUUGGAAAAUGGAAUCUAAAAGGUGCUCCGUCUUUCGGACCGACGGAAUUCCGGCCCAGUCAUCAUUUUGCUGCCAGCGGCGGGAGUCCCGCGGUGUCUUCUGUGGAUUCCAGAAUCCCCACGCUGGAAAUUGCACCCCCAGAACCUGUACAGACCUUACGACCAAACUCUAGCGCUGCUGCACAUGAGCGAGUUUUUCAGAACUCCAAGACAAUCUCAGGUAGUAAUGGACCUCAGUCUUUGAGUAGCACAGAACCAGACCACGUUGUCUGGAAAGCCUCCACCCUUCCCAGAUCCGGAUACGACACCGCAAAGCUGUACAGCCCGACGUCCCUCAACAGAAGUGACGACGUUUCGGACUGUAGCAUCUCCAGCCUCAGCACAGACUUUUCCACCACGCUGUCCGUGAGUAACGAGGACAUUGUGGAUUUUGUAGUAACGAGCAAUUCAAGUGCAAUUGUCGCAUUGGAGAAUGACGAAACGCAUUUUUCCGAAGUGACGCUGAACUCCACAAAAGACAACAGUACUGAUGGCAUUCAGGAAAGUUUCGCUCAGGAGGCGGAAGUGGACAAAAAGCUGAAGAUAUUUGGAUCGCUUAGUAAUCUCUUUAACAAGAAUAUAUUUGCUCGGAAAAAGAGCUUUUCGGUAGAAAAAACAGAUGACCUGGGCUGGAAGCUGUUCAAUAGAAUUCCCCAACAAGGAAACUCUAGGACUGUAUCAAAGGAAUAUGAGGAAAGAAUUGGACGAGCUUCAAAAUCUCCCUCUCCGAAGCAGAAUGUGAGGAAAAGCCUCAUCUUUGAGCCUCUCUCCACUACCGCGCUCAUUCUGGAAGACAGACCAGCGAACCUUCCAGCCAAACCAGCCGAGGAAGCCCAGAAACACCGCCUGGAAUAUGAGGAAAUGGUGGCUCAAGCCAAAAGGAGAGAAUUUAAGGAUGCCCAAAGGCGAAAAAAACAACUGGAGGAAAGGUGCAAACUGGAAGAAAGCAUCGGCAAUGCUGCCUUAACCUGGAACACUGAGAUCCUGCCCAACUGGGAAACCAUGUGCUGCUCCCGUAGAGUGCGGGACAUGUGGUGGCAAGGGAUACCGCCCAGUGUGAGAGGGAGAGUGUGGAGCCUGGCGAUUGGAAACGAGCUGAAUAUCACUCAUGACCUGUACGACAUUUGUUUGUCCAGAGCCAAGGAUCGAUGGAAAUCCCUGAGCAUGGGAACUCAAGAAGCGGAUAAUGAAGAUUCCGGCUUGUCUGUAGCGGACAGGGAAGCCAGUCUGGAGUCUAUCAAGCUGGAUAUCUCUCGGACAUUCCCCAAUCUGUGUAUUUUUCAAAGGGGGGGCCCUUACCAUGACAUGUUGCACAGUAUUUUAGGCGCUUACACGUGUUACAGACCAGAUGUCGGUUAUGUGCAGGGUAUGUCCUUUAUUGCUGCUGUGUUGAUCUUGAACUUGGAUACUGCAGAUGCCUUUAUCGCUUUUUCAAACCUCUUGAAUAAACCCUGUCAGAUGGCAUUUUUUCGAGUGGACCAUGGCCUUAUGUUGACCUAUUUUGCAGCAUUUGAAGUAUUUUUUGAAGAAAAUCUGCCAAAGUUAUUUGCGCAUUUCAAGAAAAACAACCUAACACCAGAUAUCUACCUAAUAGACUGGAUUUUCACUUUAUACAGUAAGUCACUACCACUGGAUUUGGCGUGUCGGGUGUGGGACGUGUUCUGCCGCGAUGGAGAGGAGUUUCUGUUCAGCACUGCGCUGGGGAUCCUUAGGCUUUUUGAAGACAUUUUGACCAGAAUGGACUUCAUUCAUAUUGCCCAGUUCCUGACGAAACUGCCCGAGGAUUUAAACUCUGAGGACUUAUUUGCCUCCAUUGCUGCAAUUCAGAUGCAAAGCCGGAAUAAAAAGUGGUCUCAGGUACUGUCUGCACUACAGAAAGAUAAUCGUGACAUGGAAAAUCGAAGCCCAUCUCUUAAACGCUAAAAGCCACAAGUCUCAGGAGGGAUCCCCCCAUCUCGGUACAUGGAGAGUCUGUCAUUCUCCACUUCUGAUGUCUUUGGUGGAACUUCAAUUUUAAUUUAAGACUGUGUGAAAACACUGGAAUUGGCCUUAAACUCUUUGAGCCAAUACUUGCUAAUCAGCCUUGUUCCAGCAGUCUGGCUCCCCCUCUGCGCGGGGAGAGAUGGCUUCCCAUGGCGGGAGAAUUCUGUGGAAUGACUCAGUUUAGUAAAUACAGGCUUUAAACCAGAGGCUGGGCCUCAGAGUGUGCUGUAGUCGGAACUGACUCUGUAUGUGUAAGCCGGUGUCUGAUUGCCAUUGCACAAGACCAUGUUUAUGAUUUUUACAGACCAUAAACCAGGGAUAUGCAACCUGUCCCCCUUCAUGUGAUCCAAGCAUCUUUUACUGGAAUUAACUGUAGUUCAGCAAGACCUAGAUUUGCCACCUCUUCCCUUUAAGACCGGCCACAUUGAUUGGUAAUCAGUCCAGGUGCCGGCUGCAUGGCUGCUUAGAAACUAGAACAGUCUCCAGCAUGUAAUACUAAUCUGCCAUACAACAUGUAGAUCACCCGUGUGGCCAAGUUAAAGGCAUUUAGGGGCACCUAUGAGUGCACCGCAGCUUGCACUCUAUAAGCUGUAGCCCCACAUUGGCCAAGCUCUCCCAAAAACCCAAGUAUGGGGAGCUAAAUCCCAUCUGUCUUGUACCCCGAAAUCUGUAACACCCCCUUCCCCCAGCCAAACCAGGGCAUUCAUGUGUUGCUAUGUGUCGGACUGUUUUUAGUUUUCAAACAAUGUUUUAUAAUUUAAAGGCAUUUUACCAAAGAUAUAUAUGCAAAACUACAGAAACCUAUUCUCAAAGACAAACGGCUGCUUGAGGUUCAUUUAGCAUCAUCAUUAGAGUUAUUUUUGGGCCUUAUAGGAAUCUCCCAGGAUCCAGGGAAGCCCUUACCCCAAGUUGCAUGCUGGGAGCUGCAGUUGGCGGCACCUGAAGGGCCACUCUGUAGAGUGAAUACUUUGCUGUUCUUUUGUACAGGCGGUACUUGGGUUUUGGGUUGCUCUGGCAGUGAGGGUCACACUAUAGGUGCACAGAAGGGGUCUAUGUUACAAUAUGACGUUUUCUACUCUGCAUUUCCCACCAUAAUGAAUAGUGAAUGUGAAAUAGACGGGUGAGCCCUGAAGCACCAUCAGUCAGUUGGCACCCCGCUCCUUACUAGCACUGGGCUCUCUGUAUUAGUGGCAUUCUCAACUCUAUUAGCUGCUCCCAUUGCUCAUCCUGUCUCACCCUGCCCUGUGUUGGUGGCACCGGCCUCUCUCAUUCUGGGAAGGUUUGCAUCCUCCAUGGCACCCACCACUUCACCUUGGUGUCACUUUGCAGUCUUUUUUUUUGCUUUCUAGUUCAUGAGUCGUGAUUCUCAUUUCUUCUACCGUUUUACUCUUCUACCUCCUCAUCCAUCCAUGCCUUUGCUUAUCUCUGCCCUAACACAACCAUAUAUGGCUCCUUAUUUCCCUUUCAAUAGGGUAUAACAAAAAGGAAAGCUUAACUGGAAAUCUAAGUUUAUAGGGUGGGGGCACAGCACUGAGGAGAGGGGGUGAGGGGGCUACAGGGCAGAAUGUAAUGGGAAAUAACAUGGGAGAAAGAUAUGAAGAAAGGGGGAGAUGAUGAAGGUAAAUGGUGUGGCUAAAGAUAAAGGGGGUGAGAUGGUAGAAACCAUUGAUAUGGCAGGAAGGGUGAAGGAUAAGGAGGCUGAGGAGAUGAGAUGGAAGUACUUUGUUGAUUUAAAGGGGUUUUGAUGGAAGAUGAUGGAAAUAAAGGAAUACAGAUGGAAUUAAAGUGAUGAGAGAUGGGGGUUAUGGAAGAUAGGGCUGGUUGAGCUGGUAACCCCCACUGGGCAUAUGAAAUAAGAUAGCAAUGGAAUGGGGGAAAGGAGAGCUGGGAUCAGAGGAAGAGAUGGAUGAUAGGUUUCAGGUGCAUGAAAAGGGGGAUUGUGAGUUUGUUAUGAAACAAAGGAAUUCAUUGGCUGCUGAUACAGGGGCGGAGUCGGCACUGGCGCAGAUAACACUCAAUGUCUUGGUUCCGAUCCCCUUAGAUAUCCAUUCUCGCACAUGUUGCCCAAUGGUUUUAUUAUCAGAAUGUUGAUGAAUGUAGAGAAACUGGCAAGUCCCAACAGAGUAAGGGCAGAUGUUUCACAGCAAGCACUUUUACUUCUGAUAUACUUGGUCCGACAUUACUCUGACUGGGGAAACGCCAAAGUUUGAAAAAGAAAAAUCCUAAAAGCUCAAUGUAUUUUUCAUGAUUUUUUUUCCCACGGUUGUGAUUUUAUAUCAACUCAGGCUUUUUCUGCCCUCCCCUCCCCUUUGCACUAGUGGCGACAUAAAGAUUUCAUUCUCACUUUGUACAGCGGUUCCUGGAGUGGUGUGUGGCAUUCGGAAUGGAUAAGAGGGGGGUGGAGCCUAUAAUAUUCAUGUAUUUACCCUUAUGGCCGUAUUUAUAGAGAUGUGUAAAAUGUUUUGCACCAGAAAAAUGGUGUAGAAAGUGGUGUAAAUAAAAGUGAUAUUUAUACA